UACUGCUUUACCAGCUGCUAGCGUCAUAAGUUUUUUAUGUACUCUUUUUAGAAGUGAUUCAGAAUCAUGCAGGACAGAAGUAAAAUCCAACGGAUGAUAUAAGUCCUUAAGAAGUGUCGAAUGCCCAAGACCGUUGGUUUAAGUUCGCCAUAUAAAGCUUACCGAAACAGGAUUCCAACUUCCGUCAUAAGUUUGUUUAAUUACUGUGGUUGAUGAUCAUCCCAUUUCAGGAAUCCAGUUAACAAGGCACUUUUUCGAGGCCUUAACCCCUCUUGAGCCCUGGCCUGCGCCAUCCCUUUUUCUCUCUUUCGUCAAGGCGGCAAUACAAGACAAUGGCUUUCAAACUAAAUGACCUGGUGGAGAUAUGCAAGAAGGAAGAGGGGUUCUCUGGCGUCUAUUACACAGCCAUUCUUCUAGCCGCGGUAGGAAGAAAGAGAUACUUGGUACGGUAUGAGAAUCGUUUCAACGAGGACGGAUCAAGGUUCCUCACUGAAGCUGUUGACUCCGAUGAAAUCAGGCCUUCUCCCCCACAACCUUCUGGCUACAAUUUCGCCGUGGCUGAAAGGGUUGAAGCCUUCGUCGACUUUGCUUGGAGGGUUGGAACUGUCAUUAGAAAAGUUGACCCCAACUACUAUGUCAAGUUGGAUUGCAAUGGCAAGGAACAUCACUGUUCUUUCUUUAAAGUUAGGCGUCAUCUUGAAUGGCAAAAUGGGACUUGGCUCUCUCCUGCAACUGGGUCCGAAAGCAGCCAAGAAAACAGAUCUGCGCGAGGGGAUCAACCUGAAGAUCCUGGCAACUAAGCAAACACGAGGGAACAAACUGGGGCUAACUUUGAUUAGCUUAGAUAUUAGUCUGCAGUAGCAUUUGACUGUUAAGUCAUUCUAAGUUAGUGAGAUGUGAAAACCCAUUCUGUUUCUUUGUUGCUUAUUAUGUUCUUCAGCUACUUUGUCUAAAACAUGAAAACCUUGUGGGCUGAUGGCAUUCAUUGGUCACUUGAAUCUACAAUUCUCACGCUUCUUAGUGUUCA